CCGCGCGGCGCCUGCGCGGUAGCCGCCCGGAAUCGGUGCCCUUAGGACGCCUUUCGCACCUUGACUCGGUCUGUCCGCAGCGCUUAGCCGCCGCCGGUUUGGGUUCAGUGUCCGGUGCACACACGCCUUGCAAGCGACGGCGCCAUGAGCCUGCCUUCCAACGUACGAGUUGAAUGGAUCGCAGCAGUUACCAUUGCUGCUGGGACAGCCGCAAUUGGUUAUCUAGCUUACAAAAAAUUUUAUGUUAAAGAUCAUCGCAACAAAAAUAUAAUUAACCUACACAUUCAGAAAGAUGACCCCAAGGUCGUACAUGCUUUUGACAUGGAGGAUUUGGGAGAUAAAGCUGUGUACUGCCGUUGUUGGAGGUCCAAAAAGUUCCCAUUCUGUGACGGAGCUCACACCAAACACAACGAAGAGACUGGAGAUAAUGUGGGACCUCUCAUCAUUAAGAGAAAAGAAACCUAGAUCGACAGUUUCCAUGCUGCAAACCAAGUCGUCCUGAUUGUUUAAUUAGAAUGACUGCCACUUUAGUCUAAUUCACCUUCUCUGGGUUCUGUGGGUGGUAUAUUACAAACUGCAGUUUUCAUAUUCAUGUCAUUUGCCUUACUUGUUGAACCAUCGUGGUGCACAUUUGUUUAAACAGAGGGUAGAGCAAAACUGACCUGGCCUGUGGGUUAUUUUGGUUUUGUAAGGAUCCGUUUGCAUUUAAUAUAAUCACAUUAGAAUGUAGUUGUAUGUUCAAGUUAACAUAUUAAAUUAUUCUCAAAAUCGUG